AUGGGCUCCCUCACUGGAUGGCAGGCACUUGCUGAUCAGGUGAUGGCUGAAAUGGAGGAGGAUGAGGCUGCAGAAGAUCAGGAGGAUCCAAAUACUUUUCAGGAGGGAGUCUCUCCCACGGUACUCAUGCAGGCAGCUGGACUCUUGUCCGCCACUAAUCCCAUGGUCGGCACCUCUGAGAUACCCUCAGGAGAUGAAUCCUCUUUCAAGCCCUCCACAGAGCUUCAGCCCGGUGGGACGUUCUUUGUCCAGUAUGAGGUUCGAGAGGAGCUGGGGGAAGGCGCAUUUGGGAGGGUGGUGAAAGUGAGGCGCAGGAGGGAUGGCCGCAUGUUUGUUGCAAAGAUCAUGCAUGACAGGGGAAUGACAGACAAGGCCCGUAUUGAGGCUCAAAAUGAAGUGGCUGUCUUGGCAUCCCUGGACCAUCCAAAUGUUGUGAAGUACUAUGAAUGCUUUGCCGAGCGUGGGACACAGGUCAAGAUCGUCAUGGAACUCUGCGAGGAUGGUGAUCUGGACGGUUUCCUUAAAGCUCAAGGCGGUCGGCCUAUUUCUGAGGACGAGAUCAUGCACAAGUUCGUGCAGAUCUGCCUAUCGGUCCAUUACGUGCACAGCAAGGGCCUGAUUCACAGAGACCUGAAGACAUGCAACCUGCUGCUGGAUAGUGGCAUAGUGAAGCUGGGAGACUUUGGAAUCUCCAAGGUGAUCUCAGCAGAACAGAAUGCCGCGCAGACAAUGGUCGGCACACCAUACUACAUGUCUCCAGAGAUGUUCAAGGGGAAGGGAUAUGGUCCCAAGACAGACGUGUGGGCCUUGGGCUGCAUCCUCUAUGAGAUGUGCUGCCUGCGCAAGGCUUUUGAGGCACCAAACCUGGGAGCCAUCACCAUAAAGAUCAUGAGUGGCAAGUACGCUCCCAUACCAGGGCAGUACAGCAAUGACAUGCGCCUGCUGGUGGAUGCACUGCUGCAAAAGGACCCCAAUGCGCGGCCAUGCAUGGACGAUGUGAUGGGCCUCGUCUUUGUGCGUACCUACCUCAAAGCAUACGCCAGCCACGCCUGCCUCACGACUGCCAGACGGCGGUCUUCCCAUGCCCGGUCGCUCACCCCCUACCGGCUCUGGGCGGCAGAAAAGGACAAGGAGAACGCAUUACACCACGCAAAGCAAGAGGCAGACAGAGCCGCGCGCAUGCAGGCGCAGCUCAAUGCAUGCAUGAGUGAAAAUGCUCGGGCGAUUGAGUGCAUAAGAUUGCUGAAGCAGAGCUGGGAUCAGCAGAUCAAACACUUGGAGGGUGAAGGCAACAUGCCUGGGGAACAGAAUGGUCGGGCGCCAGACAUGUCAGCCGUGACUAGCACUGGCUUGAUGAGCACAGCACAGCAACCGCAGAAAGUCAACUUUGGCGGAUCUCAUUCGGCAACAAAUCCUGCUCCAAGCAGAGGCAGGAAGAGACGCAGCAGCAGCUUUGAUAUGGUGGCAGCGAAGCAGGGCAUUGCGCACAGGAAAACGAGCAGCUUCGACACAGCAAUGCAAGGGACCAGACUGCAACACAGCAAGCCGGACUCGCUCAUUGGCAGCCACAGCCGUGUUGGCCCCGGAUUUGUUGGAGGAGACUUGGGUAUGGCAGGCGCAGGUACCUCAGAGGUCCAGGAUGAUGAGAACUGGGGUGUGCUGGGAUCUGGCCUUGCAUUGGGACCGGGCGCUCCAACCGGAAGCGCAUGA